CCCCGCGGUCUGACUGCAAGCAUCUCAUUCAGACGAGCUAGCGGCGGCGUAUCGCGAUGUCCCACCGGCGGCGCCUUCUUCUCCAUCGCAUGUGAAACAACCCAGGGGCUAGUUUAGCGCACAUUUAUGUCUCAGGUCAGCAGAUUCAUUGGGAGCCACCUCUUGUUGUUAGAAUGCGUCCAGGAGCGCGCACUUCUCCGCCCGAUGCUGUGCGGUCCUCCCUGUGUCUGUGCCUCCUAGUAGUCGUGCGCUGUGCCGAGGCUGCUGCUCUAUCUGAAGCCGCUGUUUACAACGGAGAACAUAAGCAGGGUUCACUGGGGAGCAUCCUCGAUCAUGUCCAAAAUUAUGAGAUUACUUAUCCCACAUGGCUGCAUCCUCAAAGACACACGAGGUCUGCCGACAAAGAGCAUCCUGCAAAGGCUCAGGUUCGGAUCUCAGCUGAAGGCCGGGAGCUAAAACUACACCUGGAGAAAAACGAGCAGCUGUUGGCCCCUGGGUAUCAGGAAAUAUGGUACACUCCCGAUGGAGCCCGCAAGUCCUCCUCUCCUGCCAGCACUGGACACUGUUUCUACCAUGGGGAGGUUCUGGGCAUGGAAGGCUCAAGUGUUGCUGUUAGCACAUGCUCAGGACUCAGGGGACUGAUUUCUCUGAACACAAGCAUCAGCUACCUGAUAGAGCCUCUCCCUGUUUCCAUGGGUGCACAGCAACACGCUGUGUUCAGAGCCGAGAGUCUCCAUCUGCCCAGAGGUAGCUGCCGGCAUCACCCUAGCAACGAGGAGCACGAGGAGGGGCUUAACAACUUCAUCCAUGGGAUGAUGUCACCGCGGAGCGGGAGGGAAAAAAGGGACCUGAACCAGAAUAUGAAGUACGUAGAGCUGCUGAUAGUGGCAGACAAGGCUGAGUUUGAGAAGCAUGGGAGUAGUCUUGAGAAGACCAAACAGAAAUUGCAAGAAGCGGCCAACUUGGUUGACAAGUACUACAAGGCUUUGAGCAUCCGUGUGGCAUUAAUCGGUCUGGAGGUGUGGACCAGCCAGGACAUGAUCGCCGUUUCAGACAACCCUCACAGCACUCUGGCAGCGUUCCUGUCCUGGAGAGGCAAACAGCUCCGCACGCUCCCCAACGACAACGCUCAGCUGAUCACGGGGAGGGGGUUCCAGGGCACCACCAUCGGGCUGGCACCUCUCAAAGCCAUGUGCUCCGACUACCAGUCCGGUGGAGUGAACGCGGACCACUCCGAGUUAGCUGUGGGUGUAGCUGCCACCAUGGCACAUGAGAUGGGCCACAACUUCGGCAUGAGCCACGACAGUAUGGGCUGUUGCCAGGCGAAGGCCGAAGACGGAGGUUGCAUCAUGGCUGCUGCUACUGGGCAUCCAUUUCCACGCGUGUUCAAUGAUUGCAACCUGAGGGAGCUGAGGAGCUACCUGAGCUCUGGAGGAGGGAAGUGUCUUUUCAACUUACCCAACACCAGAUCCAUGUAUGGAGGCCAGCGCUGCGGCAACGGUUACCUGGAGGAUGGAGAAGAAUGUGACUGUGGAGAAGAAGAGGAGUGCACCAGUCCCUGCUGUAAUGCUAACAACUGCACCCUGAAAGCUGGAGCUGAGUGUGCGCAUGGUGUCUGCUGCCAUAACUGCAAGUUGAAGAGCCCAGGUGUGCUGUGUCGUGCUCCCUCGGGGUCCUGUGACCUGCCAGAGUACUGCGAUGGGAAGGCGGAGUCUUGUCCUGCUAAUUUCUAUUUAGUGGAUGGCACGUCAUGUUCAGCCGGCCAGGCCUACUGUUACACCGGCAUGUGUCUCAGCCUGAAGCAGCAGUGUCGCUCUCUCUGGGGACAAGAUGGCCAACCGGCCCCUGACCUGUGUUUUAAGGAGGUAAACAAAGCCGGGGACAUGUACGGGAACUGUGGCAAAGAUGAGUAUGGGAAGUACAGGAGCUGUAAGGACAGGGAUGCUCAAUGUGGGAAAAUCCAGUGUUUAACCUCAGCCUCCAAGCCCCUUGAAAACAAUGCUGUUCGCAUAGAAACCACUGUCACUAUGGGCAACCAGAAGAUCCAGUGUAUGGGAACACAUGUGUACAAGCCUGGGCAGGGGGACGAGGGGGGGCAGGGCGAUACUCUGGACCCUGGCCUGGUCAUGACGGGCACCAAGUGUGGCGAACACUCGAUUUGCUUCAAUGGAGAAUGCCGCAAUUCAUCUUUCCUCAGAGCUGAUGAGUGCAAUGCCAGGUGCCAUGGACACGGGCUUUGCAACAACAAUCACAACUGCCACUGUGACGUGGGUUGGGCUCCUCCUCUGUGUGACCAGAAGGGGUCUGGGGGGAGUGUAGACAGUGGACCUGUCAUCAGCCACAGCAAUCUCCUUCCAGUCCUGGUGGUCCUCCCCCUGGUUCUCUUUGUGGUUUUGGCUGCUGUUGGACUCUGGUACUGCUACAGACAUAAACUCCACCCACUAAAAACCUCUGCUCCACCUCCAGUGCCAAAUUGUUCGGUCCCGGUCGAGGGCAAGCCUCUGUAUACCAACAUUCAUGUGAACGGUCAUGCCAACCCGACAUUCUUGCUAAAAAAACAGGACUCGGAUCACCUGGGGAAAUCCUCUCCUAAUCCGAGCCCGUCUUGCUCCUCGCGGUCCAGACACGCUAUUGUGCGUCCAGCAGUGAAGCCCCCUCCCGUUCCUGCGUACGAUGCAGAGCAGAGAGAGCAAACACCCCAGCCACACACACAAUACUCUCCUCAGGGUUACACUCCACCUCCCACUAAAUCUGCGCAGCUCAGCGAGCAGAGGCGAAACCAGGCACCUCCACCGCCUUCAGGACCUCCACCUUUACCUUCCCUGGACGCCAAAACCCACUUACAGCAUUCGGUUUUACCAAAACCCCGACCAGACCCCCCGACCAGACCUCCACCGCCUUGUCCUGUUAACAGGCCGUCAGGGGAACAGCAACAAAUGAAAGGCCUGCAGGUUACUACCAAUGCUCUGCAAAGAGGAAAAGCUGGUUUGGCUCCAUCUGCUGGACAGAAAAAGCCAAACAGAAACUAAGAGCUCAGGGAUACGUUGGGGACGACCACUUACAUCCAAUAAUGGACUGCCUCUUUUUGAAUAUUAGCAGCUGAAACUGUGGGAUAUGAUGACUACGUGACACAAUGUGGAUUGCAGUGUAUUUACACAGUUGUGUAUUGAGGGAAAAAUGGUAGAAUCACAGCAAGUCAUAGUACACAUCACAACGAGUAUGUUGUAAGUCUCAAAUCUUCAACAUUUAGGCUUGAUCUGUGUUUUGUAAAUUAGCCCUUUGUACUUGCUUUCACACUUUGAAACAACGAAAGCUGUGAUUUUAAGUUUUUGUCAUUAUUAUCCCAUAAGUUGAUUGAAAUGUGAUAUUGUUCCAUGUGCGCAGCAGUGAUAAAACACUGUUGCAGGAGUAUUUAUUCACAAAGAAAAAUGAAUGUUUACAAUGUAGCCUACUAAAGUGUCUCUUCGAGACACCAAAAAGCAUCAGCUGUAAAGGGAUGUCUUAUAUUAAGAAAAGAUGCCAAUAUUGAAGUGCUUACGCUUCUUAUGUGUGAAUAAGAAGGGGAUUUUAACUGGACUCAAGGGCACCAGUGAAAGCCCUGCAUGCAUGCUGUAAGUAUAUGCUUAUGAUGAGAGAUAGAUGUCUGAUAUGUAGCAGGAAAUGUAAUUUCUUUCUGUUUUAUUUGUUUUUGUUUCAGUGAUUUUAUAUUGUUGCACUUUGAGCAAUCUUUUUAGUGUUAAAUACUCAUCCGCUGAAGGCAUGUAAGUCUGCAGAAGGUGAGUAUUUGAUGAAGAUUGUGGUGACUUUGCACCCACACUAACUCUUAUUUUUUUUGUGUUGUCACCAACAAUCUGUGAUCUUUGUCCACGGUAACGUUUCAAAUAAUUUAAUAUGGGGAAAGAAAUAUGAGCCAUAGUUUUAUUAACAUAUAUCAGUUAAACAUCAUAAUUGCACCAUACAUUUUGCGUGUUUGUCAGACUAAAACUGCUCAGUGGGAGUUCCGUCAUGACCAAAAUGCUAUAAAGUUGCUCUUUUCCAGGCUGUGUAAGAAUGAGAACUUUGUAAUUACUGUGAGGUACUGUUUAAAAUCCUGGUCCAUUUGACUGACCUGUAAUCUGUCAGCUGUCAUCUUUUACCUUCUUAUUAGACCUAUGCAAACCCUGGCACUGUGCUCCACGCUGUGCCCUAAACUGGAAUUCAAAUAAACACAUGGGAAAAUAAAACUAUGUUAUACCUUUUAA